AUGGCCGGCCGCGCCCGCCGCCCGCUGCUGCUGCCGCCGCUGCUGCUCGCGCUCACGGCCGGCUGCCUGGGCUUCCGGGGCCCGCUCUCCGUCUUCAAGAGGUUUAAAGAAACUACCAGAUCAUUUUCUAAUGACUGUCUUGGUGCGAGCAGACCAGUGACCCCCGUGGACUCAUCAGACUUCACAAUGGACAUUCGCAUGCCUGGGGUGACUCCCAAACAGUCUGACACCUACUUCUGCAUGUCGAUGCGUUUGCCAGUGGACGAGGAAGCCUUCGUGAUUGACUUCAAACCUCGCGCCAGCAUGGAUACUGUGCACCAUAUGUUGCUCUUUGGGUGUAACAUGCCUUCCUCCACCGGCAGUUACUGGUUUUGUGAUGAAGGAACCUGUGCAGAUAAAGCCAACAUUCUGUACGCCUGGGCAAGAAAUGCUCCCCCCACUAGACUCCCGAAAGGUGUUGGAUUCCGAGUUGGAGGAGAGACUGGAAGUAAAUAUUUUGUACUACAAGUACACUAUGGGGACAUUAGUGCUUUCAGAGAUAAUCACAAGGACUGUUCGGGAGUGUCCUUACACCUCACGCGUCUGCCACAGCCUUUAAUUGCUGGCAUGUACCUAAUGAUGUCUGUGGAUACUGUUAUACCAGCAGGAGAGAAAGUGGUGAAUUCCGACAUCUCAUGCCAUUAUAAAAAUUACCCAAUGCACGUCUUUGCCUACAGAGUCCACACUCACCGUUUAGGUAAAGUCGUCAGCGGAUACAGAGUAAGAAAUGGACAGUGGAUGCUGAUUGGACGACAGAGUCCCCAGCUGCCACAGGCUUUCUACCCUGUGGAACACCCCGUAGAUGUGAGUUUUGGUGACCUACUGGCUGCAAGAUGUGUGUUCACUGGCGAGGGAAGGACAGAAGCCACACACAUUGGCGGCACGUCCAGCGAUGAAAUGUGCAACUUGUACAUCAUGUAUUACAUGGAGGCCCAGCGUGCCGUUUCCUUCAUGACCUGCACACAGAACGUAGCCCCAGACACGUUUGGAACCAUCCCUGCAGAGGCCAACGUCCCCAUUCCCGUGAAGUCGGACAUGGUGAUGAUGCACGGGCACCAUGAAGAAACAGAGCACAGAGAUAAGAGUCCUCUACUGCAGCCACCGAGGCGGGAAGAAGAAGUGCUAGACCGGGGUGAUUUCUAUUCCCUACUUUCCAAGCUGCUAGGAGAGAGGGAAGAUGUUGUCCAUGUGCACAGAUAUAACCCUACAGAGAAGGCAGAGGCAGAGGCAGACCUGGUAGCCGAGAUUGCAAACGUAGUCCAGAAAAAGGACCUGGGUCGGUCCGACGCCAGCGAGGGCGCAGGACGAGAGGAGAGGGGCGACGGUGCUCUUGUCAGAGACAGAAUUCACAAGUUCCACAGACUAGAGUCCACUGUGAGGCCCGCAGAGAGCAGGGUGUUCUCACAGCCCCUACCUGCUGAAGGCAUCUGGGAGCCAGAACACUCAGGAGAUUUCCACGUAGAAGAGGCCCUGGACUGGCCUGGCGUGUACUUGUUACCAGGCCAGGUCUCGGGGGUGGCUCUGGACCUUAACAAUAACCUGGUGAUUUUCCACAGAGGUGACCAUGUCUGGGAUGGCAACUCUUUUGACAGCAAGUUUGUUUACCAGCAAAGAGGACUUGGACCAAUUGAAGAAGACACCAUCCUUGUCGUAGACCCAAAUACAGCUACAGUGAUCCAGUCCAGUGGCAAAAACCUGUUUUACCUGCCACAUGGCUUGAGCGUAGAUAAAGAUGGAAAUUAUUGGGUCACAGACGUGGCUCUCCAUCAGGUGUUCAAACUGGACCCAAACAGCAAGGGAGGCCCUGCACUGACCUUGGGGAGGAGCAUGCAGCCAGGGAGUGACCAGAGCCACUUCUGCCAGCCCACCGACGUGGCCGUGGACCCGGACACUGGUGCUGUCUACGUAUCAGACGGCUACUGCAACAGUCGGAUUGUGCAGUUUUCACCCCAGGGGAAGUUCGUCACACAGUGGGGAGAAGAGUCUUCAGGGAGCAACCCCAGGCCAGGCCAGCUCAGUGUCCCUCACAGCCUGGCCCUUGUGCCUCCUCUGGGCCAGCUCUGUGUGGCAGACAGGGAGCAUGGUCGGAUCCAGUGCUUCAACACGGACACCAAAGAAUUUGUGAGAGAGAUUAAGCAUCCGUCAUUUGGAAGAAACGUAUUUGCAAUUUCAUACAUACCAGGCUUGCUCUUUGCAGUGAAUGGGAAACCUUACUUUGAGGGUGAAGAACCCCUGCAGGGGUUUGUGAUGAACUUCUCCAGCGGGGAAAUUAUAGACGUCUUCAAGCCAGUGCGCAAGCACUUCGACAUGCCUCACGACAUCGUGGCCUCAGAGGACGGCAGCGUGUACGUGGGAGACGCCCACACCGACACCGUGUGGAAGUUCACCAUGAGCGCAAAAAUGGAACAUCGAUCAGUGAAAAAGGCUGGCAUCGAGGUCCAAGAAAUCAAAGAACCCGAGGCAGUUGUUGAAACCAAAAUGGAGAACACACCAACCUCCUCAGAACUGCGGAAGAUGCAAGAGAAAGCAAAACUGAUCAGAGAGCCGGGCCUGGGAGUGCCCGUUGUGCUCAUUACAACCCUUCUGGUUAUCCCCGUGGUCGUCUUGCUGGCCAUUGUCAUAUUUAUUCGGUGGAAAAAAUCAAGGGCAUUUGGAGAUUGUGAACACAAACUCGAGGCAAGUUCAGGAAGAGUACUAGGAAGAUUUAGAGGAAAGGGAAGCGGAGGCUUAAACCUUGGGAAUUUCUUCGCCAGCCGGAAGGGCUACAGCCGGAAGGGGUUCGACCGCCUGAGCACGGAGGGGAGUGACCAGGAGAAGGACGAGGACGAGGGCAGCGAAUCUGAAGAGGAGUACUCAGCGCCUCUGCCCUCCUCCUCCUGAAAACCAGGCCUCUGUUUUGACUGAGUGACACGAACCAAGAAUGCCGAUUCCUUUCCCUUUAGCACGUUUAAAGUUCUCCGUAUUUAAUUGUAAACCGUACUGGUCACUGUGGGACUGUACACAUUUUCUUUGCCUUGCUUUGGUUACGUUGGCUUCUGUUUCUAGCUGAGGAGUUUCCUGAAAGCUCAGGAGAGUGCCAUUGUCUGUAGAGCAUAGGACAGAGGCACGGUCCCCUUGUCCCGUCAGAGCACUCGUCUUACCUGGAGGGUUUUGCUCAUUUACACGUCCGGCUUCGCAGUGGAUGUAGAUAACCCCGUUCUCCGCUCGCACCCAGUACCCCAGCAGCACUUUCAUUGCCCGUGUCUUCUCCUGGUGCCUUUCCUGGUCAGCAUUCUCCGCCCGUGGCAGUACAGAGAAACUUUGUGCUACAUGAUGGCAAAGCUGCUAAAUCUCCUUCUAUUUUUUUAAAAUCACUAACAUUAUAUUGCAAUGAGGGAAAGAAAAAAAGUCUCUAUUUAAAUUCUUUUUAAAAUGUUCUUCUUCAGUCGGUGUGUUUCUGGAUGUCUUAUUUUUAGAUGGUUACACUGUUAGAUCACUAUUUUCAGAACCUGAAUGUAAUUUGUGUAAUAAAGUGUUUUCAGAGCAUUAGCUGUCAGAGUGAUAUUGCAAUCUUUGCAUACUUGCAGGUUUUGUAUACAACUUUUGUAAAAAUUACACAAACACAAAUAUUAGUGAAACUUAACUCAAUGUCUUCAACCAAAAAAAAAUAUAUGUUAUAUUGUACAAAAUUUAGAGGAUAUUUUGUUAUGUAGCCAAUAUAAAUUAAAAACCAGCCUGAGUUUACAUGCAUCUGUAAGAUCAGGCUCUCUUUUACAAUCAGAGGGGUUUUGCCUGUGUAUCAAUCAGAGGCUAAAAACUUUAAUAAAAGGUGAUCAUAGCUAA